AAGGAGAAGAAGAAGGAAGUGACAGACUGUAAAACCUUCUUUCUCUUUCUAUCUCCCGAGAUCUUCGCUGUAAUCGGCGCCGCCGCCGCCGGCCGGCGAGUAAGCUACCGGAGAAGGAGGCGGAGAAGAAGAAGUACUAUACAUAUACAUAUAGUGAUAUAGAUAGAUAGAUACAAAAUGUCAGUAUACGAUGCGGCUUUCUUGAACAGCGAGCUGUCCAAGCCGACUUCAAUCUUCGGCCUAAAGCUAUGGGUGGUAAUAGGGAUCUUCGUUGGAACAAUUUUCGUUCUAAUCCUCUUCCUUCUUUCCCUCUGUAUCACCUCUCGCCGUCGUAAGUCACCAAAGUUGCUUCCUCGACAAGGUAAGCUUUCAGGCCGAGCAUCCGAACUUACUCCUGUUGUUUCAAAGGAAAUCCAGGAGAUUAUUCAUGAUGCAUCGGGGAUUGAUCACCGGUCGAUCGUUGCGCCGGUUCCGCAGAUCCAGAUCGACAUUGGUAAGGCUGAGCAUCGAGUUGUGUUUUCCGAUCGGGCGUCGAGUGGGGAGUCUAGGGCUACGAGCGCAACGGAUACUGCUUCGUUUGGAGGUGGAUCGAUGCCGGAGGUUUCGCAUCUUGGUUGGGGACGUUGGUAUACGCUUAGGGAACUUGAAGAUGCUACUAAUGGUUUGUCGGAUGGGAAUGUGAUUGGUGAAGGAGGUUAUGGAAUUGUUUAUAGUGGUUUAUUGACUGAUAAUACUAAAGUUGCUGUGAAGAAUCUGUUGAACAAUAGGGGUCAGGCCGAGAGAGAGUUUAAAGUAGAAGUAGAAGUAAUUGGGCGUGUACGCCAUAAAAACCUAGUCAGGCUCUUAGGUUACUGUGUUGAAGGAGCUUACAGGAUGCUGGUCUAUGAGUAUGUGGAUAAUGGGAACUUGGAUCAAUGGCUACAUGGGGAUGUAGGGGAGGUUAGCCCUUUAACAUGGGAGAUCCGUAUGAAUAUUUUGAUGGGAACAGCAAAAGGAUUGGCUUAUCUUCAUGAAGGUCUUGAACCAAAGGUUGUCCAUCGAGACAUUAAGUCUAGCAAUAUAUUACUUGAUCGUCAGUGGCAUGCAAAGGUUUCUGAUUUCGGGCUUGCUAAGCUCCUCUGCUCCGAGAGAAGUUAUGUAACAACCCGAGUCAUGGGAACUUUUGGAUAUGUUGCGCCAGAAUAUGCUUGCACGGGUAUGUUGACAGAAAAAAGUGAUGUCUAUAGUUUUGGAAUACUUAUAAUGGAGAUAAUAUCGGGUAGGACUCCAGUUGACUACGCAAGACCUCAAGGAGAGGUAAAUUUGGUGGAUUGGUUGAAGUCUAUGGUUGGUAACAGAAAAUCUGAGGAAGUGGUUGAUCCAAAGUUGCCUCAUAUGCCUUCUUCAAAAGCUCUGAAACGUGUUCUGUUGGUUGCUCUUCGAUGUGUUGAUCCUGACGCACAAAAGAGACCUAAAAUGGGACAUGUUAUCCACAUGCUGGAAUCUGAAGAUUUGAUGUGCCGCGAUGAACGUCGUGUUGUUAAAGAUCCUUCAUAAUGGUAAUAAUAUUGUUCAAGGCGUUUCAAACACAAGGGAGGUUGAUAAUAGUACGAAAUAUCACCAGCCCACCACCAGAUGGAGAUAAUGCAUGGAUAAAUGAUAGCGACUAACGGUUUGCAAACAAGUCUUUUUCUUUUAAUAUAAUUGUUACUUAUAAGCUAUGUUUUUGUUUUGGGUCCACAGUGUUGUUGCCUGCCUCUGUAAUGUUUAUUAUAUUUUGUUAGCAAUUGUUUUGUUUAUUUAUGUUUCAUAUGUAUGUAUAUUUGAAAUUGACAAAAUUGAUUGAUAAUAUAGGGAAAUGAGCCCCCCCCCAUUCAAUUGAUCUUA